AUGCCUAUCUCGGCGGUGAAGACGUUGCAGUCUAUGUGGGUGGCUCUCUGCUGGGUUGGCUUUGUGCCAGAUCAUUUCAACAACUCCAGGAAUCUGUUGACGAGCGCCAAUGAAAUUAAGAAUAUGCAGCCUUCACAGACGGAUAUCAAUUCGCCUCCUAAAUCAGGGGGACCCCUAUAUGAAGGGCUGUUCGCACUCCCGGCCGACGGUGCGGAUCCGUUUGAUGGAGUUUCCAUUCUCCGAGCGAAUGCUAUAGCAUUGAAGAGGUCACACGUCAGCGACGAGGUGCUGGAGAGCAUGGCGCAAUUGAUUCAGGAGCUAAUUCACGAAGAGGCGCACAACAUACAGCAUCAGACGGACUUGUGGCUUGUUUCACAAACAAAAAGUGCAGUAGACACUCUGCAUACAAAUCCAGCCGUGUUCCCUGCCACUGGAUACUCACUGCAGGAGGGUAGCAACGGUGUGCUGUAUGUGAAGACAGACGUUCCCUACUGGUUGGUGGAUGCAGAAACAGCUCUCACGAUCUUGGUGCAGGACUUAAUGAAAGAUGUAAUGGGAAUGAACUUACCGGGGCUUUCCAAUCGGCCUUCUCCUGAUGAGCGGACAGAAGAUCUCCCCAUAGAGUUCGGUUACGAUGUGGCCGGUCGCCGCAAUGUCACGUUCUCUUUCGGCAAUUCAUUGGUUACGGUGGUUUGCGGCAAAACUCUGAAUUCUGGAGCGGCUGUUGGGGUGUCGCACGGCUCUUACAUGGUUACGAUUACUAGCAACAGCAACAGCACCGAAGCCACCAUUGCCCCAGGGCCUGUUGCGGUGAACGGCCCCGUCUCCUCCCUUGAUCACCAGAAAGAUGCUACUGUGGGGGCGGCGCCAGUGCUUCAAGCAAAGAUAAGCACUUCAGCAGGGCCAGGAUCCAUCGUAGCAUCUUAUCAAAACACGAGAAUAAAAUUCAAUACGCACCCAGAAGGAAGACGCCACGGCGCGGAGUUUGGAAACAAAGACUUUGUUCUAGGCGUCACACGGGACUUUGACGACAGGAUCAACAUUGUGAAUCGUGAGCUUGAUGGUCUCUGUUCUGAGCAUCCCGUUGGGACAAAGCAAGCCCGCCUCAGAUGA